CUUUUUUUGAAACCUCAUCAAUACUUUUAUAUAUAUAAAAAAACCCAAGCACCGAACCCUACCAUAUAUACUUUCUUUCCAAUUUCCAAACCCUAAAAGCUUUUAAGGAAAUUUCUAUGUUUCUGAGAUCAAACAGAAAAUCUUUCUUCUUGAUCAAAGAAACAUGAAGAAAGCAGAGUCAGAGGCAAAGCCAAUGGCAGAGGCAAGCUCGUAUGGCAAUGGAGAAACCUGGGUGAGAGGCCCAUUGCUGGGCAAAGGAGCUUAUGGGUCUGUAUUUCUUGCCAAUUCCAAGAAACCCAAAUCGCGUUUUCACUGUUUCCCUUCAACCAUGGCUGUCAAAUCCGCCGAAGUUUCACUUUCCGCUUCGCUUCAGAAAGAGAAGGAGGUUCACAACAAUGUUCAAGGCUGCCCUUUUGUUAUUCACUGCUUCGGCGAAGAGAUCACUACUCAAGAAAAUGGGGAGAACAUGGUUUACAACUUGCUGUUCGAGUACGCUUCUGGAGGAACUUUGUGCGGUUUGAUCGAGAAAACUGGUGGGUCUGGAUUGCCUGAGUCCGAUGUUAAGCGCUACGCGAAAUCGAUACUACAAGGGCUUAGUCAUGUUCAUGAUUGUGGUUACGUGCACUGCGAUUUGAAGCCUGAGAAUGUGUUGCUUGUGAGUGCUGCUACUGGCGAAAGUUUUGUGGCGAAGAUAGGGGAUUUAGGGUUGGCUAGGAGGUCAGAGCAGAGAAAGAAGGGGAGGUUGGAUUACUUGAGGGGCACGGCAUUGUAUAUGGCACCUGAAACUGUGAUUGAGAGUGUGCAAGACCCGAAGUCUGAUAUUUGGGCUUUUGGGUGUGUGGUGUGUGAAAUGCUUACUGGGAAAUCUCCUUGGGAUAAAGAGGAAGAGUUGAAUACAGAGGAGCUUUUGGGGGUUAUAGGCAAUGAGCGUGUAUUGCCUAUAAUUCCAAGUGGGAUUUCGAAGGAGGCAAGGGAUUUCUUGAAGGCUUGUCUUGUGAGGAAACCCAUGUUCAGGUUCACGGCUGAGAUGCUUUUGGAUCAUCCUUUUCUCGCCGGUGUGGAUGAACCUGAACUACCCGCUGUUCCUAGUUCUUCUUGGACCGAGGCUGAAUUUGAGCUUGGUGGUUAUUCUUUUUCGGAUGAUGAUGAUUCGACCUCUUGUUCAUUUUCAGGAGAUGAUGAAGAUUUUGGAGUAGAAUUCGUUGUGAGCUCAGAUGAUGAAGAUUUUGAAGUAGAAUUUUUUGUGAGCUCAGAUGAUGAAGCGGCUGUUGUCGGUCAGAAGAGGAAAAGGGUUGCAUUUGAUGAUGACCAUAAAUUUAGGACAGUAGCACAGUCUAAUUUGAAGUUUCCAACUUCAUUCGUACCUGUUGGAGCUUAAUUCUAUAUUGUUACAAAUUUUGAUAGAGUAGUCGUUGUAUGCUAUAGAUAGUAGGCAUUCAAUUGUACUUAUUCUUGGAAAUAUAAUUGAAUACAUCUGCAUCAAUUUUUUGCUAAAACAAGGU